UUCAAAAACCAUUCAAUUCAGUCAACAUCAAUCAACAAAAAAAAAAAACUCUGUUCUGUUACGAAUAUUUUAUUUCUGUGUAAUAUUAUUUUAGUUGCUAUUAAUAAUAGAAUCAUCAAAUUUUAUUUGUUUAGCUUUUUCAUGAUCUCAUAAUAACUGCAAUAUGUUCGACAUCGGUAUAUAAUUGACGACAUAACUUUAUUUACUUCGUCAUCGCGUGAUUGUCCUCGGUGCUUAUUCGUAACAUCAUAGUUUGGUAUUUAAAUUAACAUUUAGUGAAGUGAGAUGCUGUGCAGGUAGUAGAUUAUCGUGUGUGUACCGCGUGUGAAAUGUCACAACAUGGAUGCCCAGAGAGACUAUCCAAUAGAGCCAAGGGUUUUGAAGAUGAGGGUCCGAGUCAGCCGACCAUGGAGGUGUUGGUGGAAACACUCACGGGGACCGCUUUCGAAAUGACAGUAUCACCGUCCGACACUAUUUUCGCCAUUAAAUCCAAGAUAUUCAGGGUGGAAGGAAUCCCAGUAUCUCAGCAGCAUAUACUGUACAAUUUGAAAGAGUUGGACGAUUCGUCGUCACUUCGCGAGCAUGCCAUAUCUGAUGGGGCGAGACUGCGGCUCGUUCUGGGCAUGCGCGGGGGCCCAAUAUCCUCGCGCCGCCUGCCGCCGCCACCCAACGCUGAACCCUGGCGGGAUAUCGAGAGAUUGCUCGAUAGUAACAGCAGAGAGGAGAGCGAGUGGUCGAGUGGCAGUGGGUGCAAGGUGACGGUGCUGGUGUUCCGCGAGGGCGGCCGCGUCAACCUGCUGCGCGUGCGCGAGAACCACGACGGCACGUACUCGCCGCUCGACAACAAAUGGGGCAAACGAGCAUGCGACUCACCAGAUGACUCAUCAUCACUGACGCUAGUGGAGCAAGAGUUAGACGAUGGCUUGCCGGGCUCGCUGCACGAGAACGAGGUCACCAUGGGCAAGAUGCUCGACCUGCGCAGGCGCAUGGAGAAUCUGUCCAUACAGCGGCGGCGUACCGACAGAACAGGUAACAAGCCGGAAAUACAGAAGACUAGAAGCGAAGAAACCCUAUCCGUCCCUAGCUUACUAGACGAGGCCACAGUGGAGCCGUUCAAGAAUCGAACCUACACACCGUACGAGGAGGAGUCGUUCGCGCCUAUGUACGACGGAAACUACACUAGAUAUGACUACGACUGCUCGUUCGCCGACCGGUACACCCUGCUGCCGCCUAUAGGCACCAGGACGGACUCGGACCAAUCGGUGCAGGAGGUGGGCGGUCGCGAGCGCGUGCAGGUGUCGCAGCCGCUGGCGGGCGCCGUGCUGGUGCCGCCGCGCCGCCGCCCGCCGCUCGCCACGCUGCCCGCCGCCGACUACGGGCCGCUGGUGGGCGGCGAGGCGGGCGGCUGGCGGGCGGCAGGGUUCGGGUCGAGCUCGCAGCUGGCGCCGCACUCGCACUCGGCGUCGUCGCUGCACGCGCUGCAGCCGCUGCAGCCGCUGCACCCGCUGCAGUCGCUGCAGACGCUGCACCCGCUGCACCCGCUGCACCCGCUGCGGGCCGCGCCCGCGCCGCGCCACCACCCGCCGCUCUCCGAUGCACUCUUCUCCUCCUCCACUUCUGAUUUGGAGAAGCUCAAGCGGAACAGGAUCCUGCCGACGCUGAGCCGCCACAGGAACCGCGAGCACCUGCACCUCAGCGACGAGGGCCUGCACCUGGCCGCGCCGCCCGCGCCGCCCGCGCCGCGCAGCCGCGAGGUCGGCAGCGAGCGCCGCCAGCGCCGCAUACACAACAUCGCCGAGCAGCCGGCGCAGCCGACGCGGCCGACGCAGCCGACGCAGCCGCCGCAGCCGCCGCAGCCGGGCACGCGAGGCAAGCCGCGCGUGCGCUGCGGCGUGUGCCGGCGGCGGCUGGGCGCCGCCACCGAGCACCGCUGCCGCUGCGGCGCCGCGUACUGCGCGCCGCACCGCUACGCGGAGGUGCACGGCUGCGCGUACGACUACAAGGCGCCGCCGCCCGACCUGCCCGACAUAUAACGCAUUGUGAUACUACCUUCACCUAAACUAAGUAUAAAAUGUUGCAAAUCCUCCGCCCCGUGUGUGUUUUGUUUUUUUUUUUUUCUUUUCUAAUGAAAUUAAUCGAGAAAAUUAUUAAAAAAAAAAAAAUAUUAAUUGUAGUCGCUCUAAAUAUUGGCUCGGCCGUCGCGGCGGGUGCUCGAAUGGUUUCUACGAUUUGUUGUCGUCCUACGUUCUGUAACACUAAUUGAUUGAUGCUUACGCGUAUUAAUUUGUCGGUACGGAGGACGCCCGGUGAGAUGUCGCGUGCUGCCCGCCCCGUACUAUGUACAUAGGGGGAGUGUUAAUAUAAAAUUCGCCCGUACACGACGAUCGUAACGGUUACACUAGAACUGUACGUGUGAAUUUUAUAAUAAAAAUAUUUUACGUUGAACCAGUGUUGAAUGUGAUUAGUUCGAUCGUCCUACGAUACACGUUCCUGUCGACUGCGAACGGAAGUUUAACAGCGAAGUAAGUGUAUAGAUUUGUUUUAUUUUUAUAGUACGCCCAUGAUAUUGCCGGAAACGUGGUAAUCCUGGGACGAGAUUUGUUCAUAAUGCACUAUAUAUAUAUAUCAUAUGUUGGGAGUAGCAUCACAAAUAUAUACACUGAGAUGCAGUUAAAUUGUACAUUAUAUUGUAUAACUAUAUAUAUAUAUAUGUGUGUAUAUAUAUAUAUAUAUAUAUAUGUAUAUAUAUAUAUAUGUAUAUAUAUAUGUGUGUAUAUAUAUAUAUAUAUAUAUAUAUAUAUAUAUAUAUAUGUAUAUAUAUAUAUAUGUAUGUAUAUAUAUAUAUAUAUAUAUAUACAUAUAUGUUUUUGUAUUUGGAGUUGUAUAAGUGGUGUCCUAUGUAAUUCGGCCUAAUCGGUUGGGUAUAUAUAAAUUAAUUAAAACAACAUUGUUUUCAAUGUUUGCCGUUUAGUUGAUUAUGAAAUGGGAGUGAUCGGAAAAGCGGAGAAAAAUAUAUAUUGUCAAUGUUCGAUAGUAUUUUUUAGUUACUACAUAUUAUUUCUUUUGUAUUGUUAUUAUAUAGAUUUGUUGUAAUUUUUGUAAAAUGACUGAAAAAAAAAUUUGAAAAAUUAUAUGUAGGUAAAGUUGUGAGCCUGACUUUCUUUAGGAGGUUGCUAGCAAUGCGUUGAUCUUGCCAAUUUUGUGGUUUCUCAUUAAUUAUCUACCAUCAUACUUGACUUGUUUAAGUGGUGAUCAAAAUAAGACUGUCUCUAUCAUCUCUUUCAUUAUUGAUCUGUCUUCACUGUAGAUGUCUCAAGAGAGAUAAGAGAAGAGAAGAAAUGAUUCUAUUAUUUGCAACGUUAAUAUGAUAGUUUAAGAACAUACACUUAUGUUAAACUCUUACUUUAAAGCAAAUAUACAAGUAGGUAUACAUGUUUGUAAUGCAUGUACUUAUUUGAUAUAAACUGGAGGUUUAAGUCGAUGCCAUUUGUACAUUUGACUGACUUUUUUGCCAUUUACAUGAGUAAUUUAAUUUACUUUACCUUUUAGGUAUCGUUAUUUAUAACUAAUAAUGAAAAACUACAAAAGUUGACAAGGGAUUGAGAGGUAGUUAUUGGUUUAAUUUAAAAUUUCCUGGAAUCAAUUGUGAUUUUUGACAUGUUAUGAUGGCUUUAUAACAUGAAAGUAUUUUGGGGACUAAAAUGUACUCGAACUGAGAACCUUUUAACUGAAGGUGGUUGAAAAUACUGAUGUAGGAUCUAAAAGUUUAUAGUUAACAGUUUUAACUGUUUCUGUCUCAACACAGAUCAAGUGAUCACAGUUAGAGGUACGAAUUCUGAAGUGCAAUUGUCUAUUAAGAUUUCAGUUUGGUACCAUAGCAAAAUUAUUCGUCUAAAAAUCUGAAAAAUUAAAUCCUACAAACCUAUUUUAAUUGAUACAUUAUUUAGUCUUUUUUUUUUAAUUAAAUGUAUCAUAAAAGAGCAUUCAAUAACUAAAAUAGGUUAAUGAGAGGUUUUAUGUUUUUUUUUUCAUCGAGAUGGUUAAUGUACUUUAGUCAAAAUUACGUUACAUUUAAUUCUCGGUAGUUCGUGACAAUAAUUUUACUAAAGUAAAGUAAAGCGAUUUUUUAUUUAUUUUUUUCCUCGUUAAUGUCGCCUUUUAAACCGACCCCAGCUGCCUAAUUUCAGUAUUUCAAUCACCCAAUAUUAUUAGCCUAUUUUGAAUAAUUCUUUUUAUUCAAUUUGUAGCUAAUAUUGUCAAUGGUUUGCAAUAAAAAAAAAUAUAUUAUGCUAAAUAGGCAUAGACAAGCGUAGCAUUUAAUUUUUUCGUCCAUAAAUUUUUCAUCAUACAUCUCAUAUUGUUUAAUAUUUUUAAGUGUGUUUGAAUAAAUUUAUCGUGCAUGAUUGUAUCAUAUUACAGAUUAACAAAAUAUCGUUUGUAAUGAUUAUUGAAAGUUUCCAAAAGAGGGGAAAAAAAAAUAUAUAUAUAUAUACUAAAAAUAUCUAAAAGUAAUAACUGCGUCUCAGUAGAAGUUCUGUUUAUAUCUAGACCUAAAUUAGUCAUCUCUGCUGUCAUAACAUUAAUUAUACUUGUAAUUAGACAGUUGAGAUGGGAUAUUUUGCACACGCUAUUUUAAUACUUAGGCUCUGUAUGUUUAUUCGUGCAUAGAAACUUUAUCUACAAUAGAUGGCGUUAAUUAAGACAAGACCAAAAAAUAAAAUUCGAUUGCAUAGGAUUUGUUACUUUUUUUUCACAACUACACUAUGAUUAGGUCAUUACGCAAAUACGGAAAUGGUCUCGUCUGUCUAUCUCGCUCUAAAGUCUCUAGUUUUAUUCUCCUUCUCUGUAGCACUGGUAGUCUAUUGGUAGAUAAAAUAUCUAUGGUCUCGUGAACUAAUAUUAUAAUUGUAAUGUUUGACGUUUAAUAUAAUUUUUAUGUUAGAAUUUAUUCAAUAUAAUUGUAAUUUACUAUAUUAAUUGUACUAGAUACCAGACUAACUAUAUUUUGUGACAUAUUUAGUAUUUUAAAAGUAUAAUAUGAGAUUGUAGUUAUAAUAAACUAGUCCAUAACAUAAAGCCUAACCAAGAUGAUCGUAAUUGUAUAGAGAUUGAAACGUGAACGCAGAAUUGGCGUCGAUAAAUUUUGAUUCCUAUGAUAUUUUUGUGCGUUCUCCCUAACGAGAGAUCCUAAUAUAUAUUAGAACCUUCGAGAGACACAUUUAGAUGUAGACACUUGUACUACAGACGAAAGGUGUUAAAAUUAUAUCCAGGCAAACACCUUAGUUCUUAGGAAUAGUAACGUCAUGGGCGUCAUAGUGUAUUCUGUAAUGUCCAUAGUGUUAUUGUAUAUUAUCUAUAGGCGACGUUUACCACCUAUCGGAAGAGGCAUCAGGCUGCUUCGCCAAUACAUAUACCCAAUAUAUAAUUAAUAGGCAAAAAAAAUCUAUCAAUAGAAUCGUCAUCGUUAGCUUAGACCGCGAUAGAAUGAGAUGGCGGCGUACACUGUCUUGUUUUCUAUGUGAGCGCUAACAGAAAGUAUUCUAUCGAUAAAUUUGUUUACCCAUUUGUCUAUGGGCACAAACAAGCGAAUCGGUAUAUCUAGCGUGUCCAUGUGAUAGAAUGAGAUAGCAACACCAGGACCUGUCGAUAAAUGGCAAACGAAUUCGUCGAUGAAAUCGUCAUCGCUAGCGAGUCCGUGGGAUAGAAUGAGAAAGCAACGCUAGAUGACUCAUUCCAACUUACGGACUCGCUAGCGAUGUCGAGUCCAUCGACGAAUUCGCUCGCCACUUGUCUAGAAGGCCAGAUGUCUAACUUAUAACGAUUCAAUCGAUAGAGUCGUUUGCUACUUAUCUAGAUGGGUGUAUAGAAAUAGAAAAGAAAGAUCCUCUCCGAGACGGAAAGUAUCAUUUUAAAUUUAAAUUUGACAUCAAUACUGUGCCCACGUUGUGAUCUCUAUUUGAUUACGAGAUUCUUGAGCCUAACAUACGUCGGAUACGAAGUAACGUGUGCAAAACGAGUCGGCGAUGCGGCGACACGGUCUCUGCCCGGUUGGGCCGGCGCGCCACGUUUCAUUUCAUAAUAGAUUCUACAUUAAGUUUAUAGAUAAUUUUUAUUUGGGAAUAUAAUUUUUGGCUGAUUUCGAAUUAAAUAUUUAUAAUGCGAAAACGA